AUGGCCGCCGAGUUCACCUACCAGGAUGUUGCCGAGCACAACACCAAGAAGGAUCUCUACGUCGUGAUCCACGAUAAGGUGUACGACAUCACCAAGUUCGUCGACGAGCACCCCGGUGGUGAGGAGGUUCUCCUUGACGUCGGUGGCCAGGACUCGACCGAGGCUUUCGAGGAUGUCGGUCACUCUGAUGAGGCCCGCGAGGCCCUCGAGCCCCUUCUUGUCGGCACCCUGAAGCGCCAGGCCGGUGACCCCAAGCCCAAGGCUCCCCUUCCCGGCUCUCUCGCUCCCGCUGCUCAGACUGGCACUGCCACCGGUCUCGGCGUCGGCCUCUACGCCAUCGUUGUCCUCGGUGGUGCCGCUGCCUUCUUUGCCUACCAGUACCUCCAGGCCCAGCAGGCCGCCGCUGCUCCCAGCGCUUAA